AUACAUUCAAACAAACAAACAAAUUAAGCAAAAUAAUAAAAAUAGUGAUGAAUAUUAUUUUUAUGUUUUUUAUAAUUUUAUUUUUUAUUACGCUCUUCCAAUAUAUCAAAUGCUUAGACUAACUUCCUUUUCAGGUUUCUAGCAAUGUUUACCACAUAAAAGAAAAUAACGCAAUAGUUUACUAAGCAUAUAGUGAUUAGACUUGGAGAUAUAGCUCAUUUGAUCAAAAUGGAAAUAUAACAAAUACUUAUUUAUUAGAUGGAUUCAUUGAUUUGAAUGACUUUUCAUUUUAUUUCAUUUAAAAUAAUAACUAGAUAUAUUUUUCAGGUGUAGGUCUUACAAAUUAUAUGAUAAUUGAUGUGAAUUUACUAACAAAUAAUAAACCUAACUAUUUGAUCAAAAAAACAUUUUAAAAUUCAAAUUUUAUUUGUUAUAAAGAUGAUCUGAUUAGAAACUAUGGAUAAUACUACUUUUAUAUUUGUAUGGAUGGUUACUAUCUAUAGGAAUCCUCUUUUAAUGACCUUUUAACUACAAAUAAAAAAUACAACUUUUUAACUACUGUUAGGCCUAGAUAAGCAUAUUUACUAUUUGAAAACCAACUCUUAGUCUACAAAAAUGUAAUUUAUACAAAUGUAUAAACAACAUAUUCUUCAGAUUAUCUUUUAGUAGAUGAAUAAAAUGAUUUAUUUUUGCAGGAUAAUCAAUUAUGCAAAGCAUAAAUGAACUAGUAAACAUCUAGUUUUUCCUGCUUAAAAAUAUAUAAUUUAGGAGUGUCUACUAGCAGUAAUGAUUACUCUACAAUAGUAUUAUCAAAAGUGUUCUAAUCUAAUGGAAUGAGUAUUAUUUUUGCAUACAACUACUCAAAAAAUAAUUAUGUUUUUUUUGAUGCAUCUACACUAAAUACUAUUCCCGCUACAGGUAGUUAAAUAAUAAGUCCUCUGACGAAUUAAGAUAUUUUCUAAAUGAAUAAUCAAAUAUUUAUACAGUCGAAUAUGUAUACUGCUACAUAUGAUACUACUACAUCAACGAUUAGCAUCAAUCUGAUUACUUCUAGUUUAGGCUCCAAUUAUUACAAUACUCCAAAUUUUCCCUUUUAUAACUACAAUUUUUAUUAUGGGAAUACUUUAUAUUUAUAAAAAGGAAGCAGUUAUUAUCUUAUUAAUAUAAACUCAAUUUAUAAUUUUUGUCCAUAAUUUUGCUAGAACUGUUUAAAUUAAUCUUAAUGCUAAGUUUGUAAUGAUGGUUAUCUCUUAAAUAGCAAUUCUUAAUGCCAAUAAUGUCCAACUUCUGAUUUUUAACUAGAUAAUAACAAUAAUUGUGUGUGCAAACCUAAUAUGAGCUUAUAAAAUAAUAAUAAUAAUUGUGCUUGUAAUCAAGGAUAUUCAAGAGACUCUAAUAACAUCUGUUAAAGUUGCCCAUAAAACUGUAUAUAAUGUGAUAUUUAACAAAAGUGCUCAUAAUGUAGCUCUGGAUAUCUACUUAACAGUACUAAUUUGUGUCAGUUAUGUCCAAGUUCUGACUUUUAAUUGGAUUCCAAUGAUAAUUGUGUAUGUAAGAUCAAUAUGACUUAAUAAGACAAUUAAUGUCAAUGUAGUUAAGGCUAUUCAAGAGAUGCAAAAAGCGUUUGUUAAGAAUGUCCUGCAAAUUGUUUAGAAUGUGAUAUUUCAUAAAAAUGCUCCACUUGUUAGUCUGAUUAUGUUUUGGAUAUCUAGGGUAAUUGUGUGUGCAAACAAAAUAUGGUUUAAUCCAAUGGGUCAUGCAUUUGUGCUGUAGGUUAUUCGAAAAACUCUAAUAAUAUUUGUGUAUAGUGUCCAACUAAUUGUGCUUAAUGUGAUACUUAAUAAAAGUGUUUAGUUUGUAUCACUAAUUAUUUCCUCUAGUUAGAUAAUUCAUGCAAUACGUAAUGCCCAUCUUCAUCUCAAAUCAAUCCCUCUAAUAAUAAUUAAUGUAUCUGUGAUCCUAAUGCAACUAUUAUAUAAUAAAUAAAUUGUUAAUGUAAAUUAAAUUUCUAUCAAAAUGGAAAUAAAUGCCUUCCAUGCAUUGAUAAUUGCUUAACCUGCUAGAAUUAAAAUAGUUGUUAAAUAUGUUAGACAGGUUAUAUAUUACUACAAACUGGAUAAUGCUAAUUUUGUGACAUAAAAAAUGGCUUUUUUAUUAAGGAUAAUUAAUGUUUAUCAUGCUAAAUAACUAACUGUUUAGAGUGCUCAAAUUAAAAUUAAUGCACAAAAUAUGCUAAUUGUGGGGCAUAAUUUAUUUACAACUAUAGCACUAAAUAGUGCGAAUAGUGUUUAUGGGAUAUUUAAAAGUUAUAGUGUGUGGAUAAUUGUGAUUUAACAUAUUAAUAUCAUAAUUAAGAAAAAAAAACUUGUAGUUAAUGUUAUUAUUUAAAUUAAUAAUGUGAGUAAUCUUGUCCAUAAAAUUAUUAUUACGAUAACAAAUAUAAUUGUUAUCAAUGUGAUUCGUCUUGUAAAUCUUGUGAAGGUCCAAAAUAAAACUAGUGCACAAGCUGUAAUUAAUAUCAUUUUUUAUAAAGCGACUAAACUUGCUCUUAAUGUGGUGAUGGGUAUUUUUUUGACUAAGCUUCUGGAUAGUGUAAAACAUGCAAUGUAAAUUGUUAAACCUGUAAUGGUACAUAAUCGAAUAACUGUUUGUCUUGUACAGAAGGAUUAAAACUUUCAGAAUUGACAAAUGAAUGCCUAUCUUAAUCUAAAAUCGAUAGCUAAACACAAUAAAUUUAAAAAUUGACAUAUUCGAAUUGUGAUUUAACUUCUUAUGAUUGUUCAUCACUUUUUAGUUUAUCUGACUUAAUUUAGAAAAUAUCUUUAGGUCUAUUCAUAAUAUUUUUAAUUACUUUUACUCUAUAAAGCUUUUUUUCUUGUGCUGCUAAUGUUUUAGGAUGUCUCAUCCAAAAUAUCAAAUGUUUAGACUAACUUCCUUUUCAGGUUUCUAGCAAUGUUUACCACAUAAAAGAAAAUAAUGCAAUAGUUUACAAAGCAUAUACUGAUAAGACUUGGAGAUAUAGUUCAUUUGAUCAAAAUGGAAAUAUAACAAAUACUUAUUUAUUAGAUGGAUUCAUUGAUUUGAAUGAAUUUUCAUUUUAUUUCAUUCAAAAUGGAUAAUACUACUUUUAUAUUUGUUUAGAUUCUAGAGGUUACUAUCUUUUAGAAUACUCUUUUAAUGAUCUUUUAACUACAACAAAAAAGAAAUAAUAUAAUAGUUUUGUUAUGGCUAGAUAGGCAUAUUUACUAUUUGAUAACAAACUUUUAGUCUACAAAAAUGUAAUUUAUACAAAUAUAGAAAAAACAUAUACUUCAGAUUAUCUUUUAGUAGAUGAAUAAAAUGAUUUAUUUUUGUUGGAUAAUCAAUUCUGCAAAGCAUAAAUGAACUAAUAAACAUCUAGUUUUUCCUGCUUAAAAAAAUAUAAUUUAGGAGUGUCUACUAGCAGUAAUGAUAAAUCUAAAAUAGUAUUAUCAAAAGUGUUCUAAUCUAACGGAAUGAGCAUUAUUUUUGCUUACAACUAAUCUAAAGGAAUUUAUAUUUUUUUUGAUGCCUCUACGCUAAAUACUAUUACUGCUACAGGUAGUUUAAUAAUAAGUCCUCUGACGAAUUAAGAUAUUUUCUAAAUAAAUAAUCAAAUUUUUAUACAGUCGAAUAUGUAUACUGCUACAUAUGAUACUACUACAUCAACAAUUAGCAUCAAUCUGAUUACUUCUACUUUAGACUCCGAUUAUUACAUUACUCCAAAUUCUCCCUUUUAUAACUACAAUUUUUAUUAUGGGAACACUUUAUAUUUAUAAAAAGGAAGAAGUUAUUUUCUUAUUAAUAUAAAUUCUAUUUACAAUUUUUGUCCAUAAUUUUGCUAGAAGUGUUAAAAUUAAUCUUAAUGCUAAGUUUGUAAUGAUGGUUAUCUCUUAAAUAGCAAAUCUUAAUGCCAAUAAUGCCCAAAUUCUGAUUUUUAACUAGAUACUAACAAUAAUUGUGUGUGCAAACCUAAUAUGAGCCUAUAAAAUAAUAAUAAUACUUGUGUUUGUAAUCAAGGAUAUUCAAGAGACUCUAAUAAUACCUGUUAAAGUUGCCCAUAAAACUGUAUUUUAUGCGAUAUUUAACAAAAGUGUUCAUAAUGUAGCUCUGGGUAUCUACUUAACAGUACAAAGUAAUGUCAGUUAUGUCUAAGUUCUGACUUUUAAUUAGAUUCCAAUGAUAUUUGUGUAUGUAAGACCAAUAUGAUUUAGUAAGGCAAUUAGUGUGAAUGUAAGUAAGGUUAUUCAAAAGAUGCAAUUAGUGUUUGUUAAGAAUGUCCUGCAAAUUGUUUAAAAUGCGAUAUAUCAUAAAAAUGCAUCACUUGCUAGUCUGAUUAUGUUUUGGAUAUCUAGGGUAAUUGUGUGUGCAAACAAAAUAUGAUUUUAUCAAAUGGGUCUUGCAUUUGUGCUGUAGGUUAUUCGAAAAACUCUAAUAAUAUUUGUGUAUAGUGUCCUACUAAUUGUGCUUAAUGUGAUACUUAAUAAAAGUGUUUAGUUUGUAUCACUAAUUACUUCCUCUAGUUAGAUAAUUCAUGCAAUACUUAAUGCCCAUCUUCAUCUCAAAUCAAUCCCUCUAAUAAUAAUUAAUGUAUCUGUGAUCCUAAUGCAACCAUUAUUUAAUAAAUAAAUUGUUAAUUAAUAAAAAUUAGUGCGUUUCUUGCUAAUAAAAUAAUUGUUUAGAAUGCUCAAAUUAAAAUUAAUGCACAAAAUAUGCUGAUUGUGGAGCAUAAUUUAUUUACAACUAUAGCACUAAAUAGUGCGAAAUGUGUUUAUGGGAUAUUUAAAAGUUUAAGUGUGUGGAUAAUUGUGAUUUAACAUAUUAAUAUCAUAAUUAAGAAAAAAAAACUUGCAGUUAAUGUUAUUAUUUAAAUUAAUAAUGUGAGUAAUCUUGCCCAAAAAGUUAUUAUUAUGAUAAAAAAUAUAAUUGUUAUCAAUGUCAUUCAUCUUGUAAAUCUUGUAAAGGUCCAAAAUAAAACUAGUGCAAAAGCUGUAAUUAAUAGCAUUUUUUACAAAAUGAUUUAACAUGCUCUUAAUGUGGUGAUGGGUAUUUUUUUGACUAAGUAUCUGAAUAGUGUAAAAAAUGCAAUGUAAAUUGUUAAACCUGUAAUGGUACAUAAUCCAAUAACUGCUUGUCUUGUACAGAAGGAUUAAAACUUUCAGAAUUGACAAAUGAAUGCCUAUCUUAAUCUAAAAUCGAUAGCUAAACAUAAUAAAUUUAAAAAUUGACAUAUUCGAAUUGUGAUUUAACUUCUUAUGAU